AACAGAAGAUAAAUAAAAUCUUUUUAAUUAGAAACAAUUAGAUGUAGACAUAACUUGAAAAUAAUUCUAUUGUGAAUUUUGUAGAUUAAUUUUAUCACUUGACUAUAAUAUAUUACAUUGUUUAGAGAUCAUUCAAGAAGUUAACAGCAAAAGAUUGUUUUCCCAUUGAUGAAUAAACCUUUGGUUUUCAAUUAUCUUAAAAUCCUUUUUCAAUUAGCAUAGCUCUUAAGAGACAAAUUUGCCAUUGUACAUGUUAUACUUUCUUAUAUAGGUAUCAAGCUAGCUUAGUGACAAUCUUUAGUAAAAUUGUGCUGUAACUAAGGAAUUUAGAUCUGUUGGGUACUUCUGUGAUACCAUGCAUUUUGUGUUAACGUAUUUUAACAAAAAGAAACUUUAACAAUUCAACUUAAAAAGCAGCUAUUGAAUAUUAUUUUCUAGCUAUUUACACCCUUUUAAAAAUACUGCUAACAAUAAUAGUGCCUUAAUAAUAUUUUAUGAAGCACUGCCUUGCUUGCACUUGUUAUUAAUCAUACAUUUUAGGCCCUUAUGAAUAAAUACCUUACUUGAGAUAGCAUUCAUCAUAGAAGAACUUUAAAAUUUUGAAAAGCAUGCCAUAUUAGAGUAAGAAUAACAAGUUGUUUAUAGUACUUUCUGUAGAGUAAUUAGCUUAGAAAACUUCAGGGUUUCCGGUUACUUGGUUAUUUUUCCACCUAGAAGAGUAGUAAAAAGACAGUGCUAGCCGUGGUUUGGUUUGAACAGACCAACAGCAGAGAUGAGAUGAGGAGACUGGAAAGUAAAUGCCAGUAGUAUUGGUGAAUUUUAGGAGCUUUCGUUUGAAGAGUUAUCCUUCGUUGAUUAGGGGAUGACAGUGCAUGUGACCAAUGAAUUACCAACUUUAAAGGUGGUCACAGAAUUAGGGCUUAUAAAUGGACUUCUUUCAGAUGACAUUUUUCUUUGUGAGACCUGAUCAGGAAAAUAAGUACAGCUUUCAUUUCUUGAUUGUCCCUGUUAAUAAUAUCUUAGAGUUUCAGUAAUAAUUAGCUUGCUUUCAAAUAUCUGGACUUAGACAGUCUUAGCCUUUGGCCUCUCAAGGGCUCUAAAUCUCUAUGCACAAUUUUGUGUUUUCAUUUUGGUGUGGAAAAUCUUUGUAAAUUUUAUCCUACUGUCAGAGUAGUCAUAGGAUCAUAAAAGGAUAAAGAAGCCUGAUCUAGAUCUUUGCUGCUGCUUCUCCAGAGAAUCUUUUCAGAGAGAAAUAAAUACGAGUUGAAUAUUUUUCAAGGCUAACAUUUUCUGAAACUUUGAGAAGAAAAAAUUUUCUAACAUUGUGAACAGAUAAAGUAGCUAUUUUAUUAAAUGCUUUGAUUUUGAUUGAGGUAGUUUUUUUUGAAAACACGGGAAUCUUAAUUUGGAAUUAGGCAAAGAUUGUUUAACAGUUGGUGAGUUUAAGUUAAGUGACCUUCAGCCGGGCGCGGUGGCUCACGCUUGUAAUCCCAGCACUUUGGGAGGCCGAGGCGGGCGGAUCACGAGGUCACGAGAUCGAGACCACGGUGAAACCCCGUCUCUACUAAAAAAUACAAAAAAUUAGCUGGGCGCGGUGGCGGGCGCCUGUAGUCCCAGCUAUUCGGAGGCUGAGGCAGGAGAAUGGCGUGAACCCGGGAGGCGGAGCUUGCAGUGAGCCGAGAUUGCGCCACUGCACUCCAGCCCGGGCGACAGAGCGAGACUCUGUCUCAAAAAAAAACAAAACAAACAAAAAAAGUUAAGUGACCUUCAAAUUUUAGCAAUUUCAUGAUUUACAAAUCAUGGGUUAUAAUUUUUUCUCUUAAAUAUAUUUCUGUGUCAUAUUUUUAGUCUGUAGAUUUUCUUAUGGUCCCAUGAUUAUUGAUGUAUACUUUUUUUUUCUUGGUAAGACCUUUAAGUUUUACGAUUUUCAAUUGAGAUAAUGUAUAAUGUUUGAGUUUUAGGCUAUAUAAGGAAUUAGCUUUCCUACAUUUAAAGGAAUCAUUUGGCAGUCAGUAGCAUAUUUUCCUGAUUUUUUGUUGUUAAAGGAGAUAAGUUGAUAACUGUAUGUUGAAGGGUUCUCAUGAUAUUCUCUGAAAAGUGAAAAUAUCAGUGCUUGAUUUAUAGAUGUGUAAUAAACAGUGGUCUGUAAAAGCAUUUAGUAUAAAAAAUAUGGUGCUUUCCCUUAUAUACAGCCUAUAAACUCUUCCUGUUCCUUGAGUUUAGGGUAGACUCACAAAUUACAGCGUAGAAGAGUCAGCUACCAGAUUAAAUGCAUGCGUACCAUACAGAUAAUUUAUUAAGUAUUUCUGCAUAUUGAGCAUUGACUUACAUUGAUUUUCCCUUUUCACCACCAAGUCUUUGUCAUUUUGACCCUGAACACUUAAUAAAUCACUCAGAUUGAUCUAAAAUAUGCUUAUGUAUACUUUAAUAGAAAAUUACAUUGCAUGGCUUUCUGACUUGGGUUUUUGUUAUAAAAGUGCCUGUUUUGUUCAUGUGUCCUGAGAGAGCAAGCAUUGUGACAUACCUGACUAACUUAAAAGCAGAUUGCCUGUGAAGCACAAUUUGAGUCCAAUUUUUUGAGGUAUGGAGUUUUAGCUAUCAUGGCUGGGUUUUUACUCAAUCUCAAAUAAUAGGGCUCUGGUUAUUUUGCAGAGUGUCUCUGAAGAAUGGACAGAAUUGCCCUGGCUAACUACAAGCUACGGUUCACAGUGGAUAAAUAGAUGCCCGAGUGGUAAAAGACAUGGCAACAGGAAAGUCUAAGGGAUAUGGCUUUGUCUCCUUUUUCAACAAAUGGGAUGCUGAAAACGCCAUUCAACAGAUGGGUGGCCAGUGGCUUGGUGGAAGACAAAUCAGAACUAACUGGGCAACCCGAAAGCCUCCCGCUCCAAAGAGUACAUAUGAGUCAAAUACCAAACAGCUAUCAUAUGAUGAGGUUGUAAAUCAGUCUAGUCCAAGCAACUGUACUGUAUACUGUGGAGGUGUUACUUCUGGGCUAACAGAACAACUAAUGCGUCAGACUUUUUCACCAUUUGGACAAAUAAUGGAAAUUCGAGUAUUUCCAGAUAAAGGAUAUUCAUUUGUUCGGUUCAAUUCCCAUGAAAGUGCAGCACAUGCAAUUGUUUCUGUUAAUGGUACUACCAUUGAAGGUCAUGUUGUGAAAUGCUAUUGGGGCAAAGAAACUCUUGAUAUGAUAAAUCCCGUGCAACAGCAGAAUCAAAUUGGAUAUCCCCAGCCUUAUGGCCAGUGGGGCCAGUGGUAUGGAAAUGCACAACAAAUUGGCCAGUAUAUGCCUAAUGGUUGGCAAGUUCCUGCGUAUGGAAUGUAUGGCCAGGCAUGGAACCAGCAAGGAUUUAAUCAGACACAGUCUUCUGCACCAUGGAUGGGACCAAAUUAUGGAGUGCAACCACCUCAAGGGCAAAAUGGCAGCAUGUUGCCCAAUCAGCCUUCUGGGUAUCGAGUGGCAGGGUAUGAAACCCAGUGAAAAAGGACUCCAGAAUCUAAAGCCAGUGGCUUGAGGCUACAGGGAGUGUAGUAAAGCCGUUGUUUACUUAAAGAUUUAUCAAAUCAGUCAGUGCAAAUGUCAGAUACAAUGUAUUUAUUUAAAAGAUUCAUUUUUAAUCAUGAAAUUACUUAUCAUCCACAUUGUUUUAAAAAGAAACAAGAUGCUGGAUGUCUGCCAAUUUUUGCCUUCAUUACCUUUUUUGAUAAAGUUUCUCAGAUCCUUGUUUCAAACACAAAUGCAGGGAUUGCUGCCACUUUUUAACUAUUAAGAGGCAGAAAAUUGCACAAUAUUGAACUUUUUUCCACUGAAGUAGUGUGCAGUUCUAGUUUGCAUUCCUGAUAUGAUUUAAAACAUGUAAUAUAAAGAUGUUAAAAAAAAAAAACCAAAACUGUGCAGAGUCUAGAAGUUCUUUGUCAUCUUCAGCUUGUGCACAAUUCUGUUUUAGGUUAAAAAAACAAAAGGCAUUGUUUGAGCUGUCCCAUCUCCACUGUUAUCCCUUUGGGAUUUUUUAAUAUAAAUUAUUAGUUUACAUCAUUUUUGUAUCUACAUCUUUUUUCACAAAUUUGUCUUGCCUUAUUAAAGUUCUGUAAAAUAUACUUAAAUGGAAAAAAUGAUGUUCAUUUAGAUUGAAAACUUUUCUCAGAUGGAUUGAUAAUUGCAUUCAUCUUGUGUUUUAUAUGAGAAGGUGCCUCAAGAAUUUCCUGUUGGAUUUGUUUAAAAGGAUUUUUAUCUUUCGUGAUAAACUUUGCUGUGUACCAGGAACUAUAAAAACAAAAACUUGUUACUAAAGAAAAUAUCUGAAAUGUGAUAAGUUCUUAUGCCAUGUUAAUUUCAUGUGUCAACUUCAACAUUUACAUGUAUUAUUUCAUUAUGUAAAAUGUUUUAGCAAUUUAAUAUUUUGCACAGUUAGCAAACUUUGUAUGUCAUUUCCUUCAAGGCAUCAUGCAGAGUUGACAUGAGAUUUAUAAGGUUUUAAGUUGUUUGCAUGUGAAAAUCAAAUACAUACUUUGGUAGUCUUUGAAUACAAAGUCAUCUGCUCUUGUUUUUCAAGAAUUUUGAGACGCAAAGUUGUAUGUAAAGGAAUAUAUUAAUUUGCCGUUUUCUAGGUAGAUUUGCUCAAAAAGAGUGAAUCAACUUAAUAUGUACAAAUGAUAGCUGUGAAACUGUAGAAUAUCUUUGUGUCAGGCUUGGAGUUCAUUGUGACCUCCAAAUUUUGCCUGAAGGACCAGUUGGGCAAAGCAUUUUUUAAAUGUUCAGAGGCCAAAAGAUAAACAAAAAAAAAAAACCUUAAAAUCCUACCUCUUUAAACAGCCUUCGAAUAAGAGAAUCCUCAGUGCAAUCAUUAUUUUGAUUCUUUUGGUACCUGUUUUCCUGGAGUUCCCGAUUUUAUUAUUUUGGGGUGGCUCCAAGCAUUAAGAAGUUUAAUCUUUGUUGGCAUUGUUCUAGUUUUGAAAUUUCUAGUAUAUUUCAGAGUCUCUUAGAAGACUUGUGUGGGAAGUUUCACUUUGUUUUCAGUGAAGGUCACAAACCUCCUUCUUCCUUGACUCAGAGAGGAAAGGUCCCAGUAUACAUAUUUGAAUGGUUGAUGGUUUUCAAGACCUUCAGAGAGCUCCCUGCAUUUUACCUAGAAACAGAAAAGGCCUGCAAAAUCUUAAGUUUCCUGGCCUGCAUUUCCCGGGUAGGGGCAAAUGACUCCAAGCUGGUCUCUGAGCCAAUACCCUUGUAAACCAGAGCCCAGGAAAGACAGCUCGAGUGUAUAAUUCUCUGGAGCUCAAUUCUAUGCAGUUGUGCUGAUAUUUCAUUAAGUCACUGUGUAUUUUUAAGUGUUGAUACAUUAAAAGUCGCUUUAUGGAAGAUGAGUAAAUUUUUUAAAUACUUGGAAAUUUUAUUUCCUUGUUAACUUCUACAGAUCAGGGCAUGCAACCAAAAGCAGCUUAAAUUAAAUAUUUAAAAAAAAUAAAAUAUCAGGAAGCUAUUUUUAGAUUUCUUCUGGCUUAUGUUUCUACUUUAGGACCCUCAUUUUUCUCUUAUUAAAAAAAUUAUUUCCUGUACAUCUCAUGGACUGCAGGGUAAAUUAUUUGGGCAUAAAUAAUUUAAAUAGUUUUCUUUCAUUCUGACUAUCUCCAGUAAUAGCAGUUUUUAUUAUCCAGCAUAUUGGCUUAUUGCACAAAUCUUAAAAUGUACAUUGACUACUUUUUGAGAAGAAAGUGGUAUCAGUACUUAAGAUGAAAAGGUGACUACUGAACAAAUUCACAUUUCAGGAACACCUCUAUCUUUGGUUUAAGUCUUACUCUUAGUUUUUCAGUCUAAAAAUCAUACUGGUAUUAGUAUCAGGUAAGGAAAUUAAAGUUUUUAAAAUGGUUUCAUGCGCUGCAAUAUGCAAAAUUUAGAUUUUACUUUCUGGUACUGUAAAGAACCUGAAGUGAUUCACACUUAAUAGGUGAUUAAUCCAGUAUUCUUUACCCUGAAUGUUUGGAUAUUAAAGUUCCUUUAUGUUUUCUAUAA